GAAUUGGAUCAGAUAAAGGCCAGAGAUACUCGGUCCACAGCCAGCAGCCACGGUGCCGGUUCCGGCCCUUGGUUUCCGUCUGAGGCGAGACCACCUGGGACUGCAGGUGUAGCGGAGGUAUGGACUGUAACUGUGUUAGUGACCUGCUGCUCACGCCACCUGUCCCAACCCUCUGGACACCAGGCAUCGCCUUCCCAGACUGGGCCUAUAAGCCAGAGUCAAGCCCAGGCUCCAGGCAGAUCCAGCUGUGGCACUUCAUCUUGGAGCUGCUCCAGAAGGAGGAAUACCACGGGGUGAUUGCCUGGCAGGGAGACUAUGGUGAAUUUGUGAUCAAAGACCCAGACGAGGUGGCAAGGCUGUGGGGUAUUCGGAAGUGCAAACCUCACAUGAACUACGACAAGCUCAGCCGAGCACUGAGGUACUACUACAACAAACGCAUUUUGCACAAAACUAAAGGCAAGCGCUUCACAUACAAGUUCAACUUCAGUAAGGUUGUUCUGGUGAAUUACCCACUGUUGGAUAUGGCCAGCUCCCCGUUCUUGCUUGCCCAGAACCACUUCAAUGGAGGGGCAGCCACACCGGACUGCAGCCCUGUAACACCUGAGGCCCUUCAGUCUUUAUUCCCUCGUUUACCUGAAUCGGGUCGAGGGCCUUCCCUGUUUGAGCGUGGCACAGGGGCCCCAGGGCCUGAUGGGGACAAACUGAGACUGGACACUUUCCCUUUCCUCGGCUCAGGGGCUCCUUGUUACUCUAAACCUCCAUCCCUGUUGGGUCCUUAUGCGCGGAACCCCUCUUUCGACUACCCCUGGGGCUUCAACCCCUACCUCCCAGGGGCUUUUUCUCUGAAUAACUGUCCCAAAUUGCCCCCGGGCUCCCUCUACUCCUCACACUUCUACUCCAACCCACUACAGUCCAGCUUGUCUCAGCUACCACACCCCUUCUCCUCGCUCUUACCCCCUGGAAACACCACUGUGGGAGAACGUGCACAAGCAGGAGGAACCAACGGCUCAGCGGGUGGUCAGCCUCCCAGACUCUGCAUCCCACCGUACCCAGGGAGCCUGCUAGUGGGGCGGACUGAGCUGGGGAAUGGGGUUACAGGUGUAGGCGACCGGGAAAGAGGGGAGACCAACACCGGUGGAGGUCUUGGCCUGGGAUUAGGCCUAGGCCUGGGCUUGGGGGGUGUUGGAAUGGGAAGUGGCGGAGGAGGCCGCCAGAGCCCUUCAGAGCGGAGAAAGGGUGUAAAGCAGGAUCCAGAGUCUGACUCUGAACUGGAGAUCACAGACCUGAGCGACUGUAGCUCCGAGAACGAGAACGAGCCGGACUUCUCUCUGGGGAAGGAGUCAGGGCUGGGUGGUCGCUCGCACCUCCUAGAGGUCAAAUCUGGGGGCCUCAGGGGAGUCUUGCCCCCUCACUCCUCUCUUCCUCCAGCUGUGUCUCCGCAUACCCUCAAAAGCCUGGUGCCCCUGACUCCUCCACCUCCAUCCCUACCUCCAUCCCUCUCUCCGUUGCUCAGUAUGGUUGACCGGCACAGGGAAACAGAGACACUUAAACUUGCUCACAGUUAAUAUGUUCUGUUGUGUGAUUUUUGAUGUCUUGCAGAUUCUCUCUUUCUCUUUUUCUGUCUCUGUAUACCUGCAUUUGUGAAAUAAUGCUGUAUAUUCUGAUUAAUUUUUUUCCCCCUUCUGGUGACUCCUCCAAAGCCACUCCUUGCUUGUGCAGCUCCAAUAUCAGUGAGUCAAAUUAUCUAUGUUGAGACUCUCAAUGCAACCUUAGUUUUGUCAUUCUGAAAUAGUAUUGUUCAGAGUAAAAAUACAGCACAAAAUCAGCCUGUUCAGAUUAUAUUAAUUUUUUAUUCUAAACAUCUAAAUAAUUUUCAUUCUCUCAGCUCUGUUAAGAUUAAAGUAGUGAGCUAUUUUACUGCCCAGAUGGCACAGUAAAGGAAUAUGCAUAUCUUUUAGCUCCCACUUUUUGAAUUGCACUGCAUUCCAGUCCUGCUGAGGUAGGCAGUAAGUUUGUUCUGCUUGAUGUACUUCACACACCUUUCCAUAAAUAAUUUAUGCUAUGAGCUCAGCUGAACAGUGUAACAAUGCAAAAUGCAAUAAUGGCAACACUGACAAUAAUUUUAAAGUGAUUCAGAUGUGCUGCAAUAAAGCACUUUUUGUGUCACAUUGAGCUGAUUCCAAGGGAUUCAGGAAAAAUAUUGUCAAACAUUGCCAUCUUGUGGUUAUAUAUAUUUUAAAGCCCUCCAUAGUUUCUGAAGAGAUUUUAUUUAUUUAUUCAUUCGAUGAUUUAUUCAGUGUUCAUCUCCAGUCCGUUAAAAUGUCUUUAAAAAAAACAAAAAAAAAAAAAAAAAAAACAAAUGAUGAGACUGAAUGAGAGACAGUUUCAAUACUGCUCAUGUCAGUGAAUAUAUAAAGUUUGUAUCUAUUUCAUUGUAUAUAUUUUAUUAUUGUGUACAUUAUGUUUAAUUACUAUUACCAUAUGGGAUAGUUGUAUUGGUGUCAUUUUUCUCAGUACCUAAUUGAAGAUUGAUAUAUAAGACAGUGAAAUGAAUAGUAUAUGUGUGUAGAGACCCAAAGUUGACAGAGAAAGAGCACUUGUUUCUCAGAUUGCUCUUAAAGAUGGAGUUUCAACAGGGAAGUGUGCAAAUUUGUUUCUGCUCCCUCUAAUUGUGCCCUGUGGUAAUUUUCUCAGAUACUUCAUGAUGGCCCUUCUGGACUGAGUUAUGCUGCUAGCCUAAUUUUUCAAUAAUUCAUUCACCUAGUGAGCUGUACUACAAUUAAUUAAGUGUGAAAAAUAUUGGGUGCAACACAUUUUAAGAAAUCUGUUAUUUUUUUUCAACCAGUGUUCAUUCUAAUGUUUAUUACGUUUGAUAUUAAAGAAUGAAUAUCCAUUUAGUUACAUAUUUGUAUGUAAAGAAAAUAGGAGCAGAAUGACACAUGUGAAUGAAUAGAUUUCCCCUUUAAAACAAUUCAGACAGGUUGGGAAUAGGGCUAGCCCAGCAAAGAGCAAAAGAGAUUUUACUGAGCAGUGCCAACAAUAUCCUUACAUAUUUAUCUCAAUCUUAGAUAAGAACUUUAAAAAUGAAGAGUUACAUGACAGGUGACCUUUGACUUGCCUGUACUAAAGGAAAUUGCAGCUGUACAUAGACAUUGUGUAUUUGUGUGUACACAUUGAAAAAAAAAAAAAUUUUACCAUGCAGUAAAGCUUUUUGUUAUAUUGUGAAAUUUAAAACAGAAAGGAUGAGUAGAACAAACAAUGAGCAAAGAGUAAUAUCUUCAAGAGCAAU